AUAACAUAAACACAUACCUAUUCGCAUUGUGAUACUACGUCAUGUUCUAAGUGAUCCUUAAAACAUUCCUAAAAUGUUCAAACCAAUCCAAUUUUUAGUUUAUUCAUUGCUACUUGCGUUGGGUACUGCGAUUGAUGAAGUCAACUGGUAUACCAAAUCACCAGACGAUCUACAGAUAACAGGAAUAGUUUCGAAUGUGACUUUUUCGGACUACAUCUCGCAUCCCCAUCCACCAGUAGAUGAACAUGGUAGAAUUGUAAUGGGUAUUCGAAACGAGGAAUGUGACGAUGCUAAAUCAAAUUUAGGGAUUGACUUCGAUCCAUACAACAUCAGUCACUCCACAGUAUACAUGUGUCUGGAUAGCAAACGAGACUAUCGUGGUGAUUACAACGUGGAACCACUGAUCACUCUAAUCGAUAUUCCAGAUGCAUAUGUUGCGAUUCAUAAAUGCAUGAACUCCAGCAUAAUAUAUGACAGUAGUAUACCUACUUAUGGAACUCACCGUCCGCUGUGGCCUCGGUAUGGUGAAUACAAGUACGUCCCACCUCAGCGGUGGCUACACAGCAGCGAGCAUGGUGCAAUUAUCGCCCUCUAUCAUCCAUGCGCCAAUAAACAGCAGACUGACGAACUGAAGAAAAUUGUCAAAAGUUGUCUAUACCGGCAUAUAAUAACUUCGUCGGAUCUUCCUUCUAAAGACCGGCCUUUCGCGAUUGUAGCGUGGGGGGCAUUAUUAGAAUUUUCCGUCCUUCAACAAGAAGUAGUGGAAAGUUUUAUUCGACAGUAUGCACUGAAAGGUCCUGAAGAUGUGUCGAAAGAUGGUCAAUAUGAUCAUUUACUGUUGGAACCGGCGCAGAAAGUUUCAACCAUUGACGAUAAUGUGUUAUGUCCAAAACACCACCGAAGGGACAAAUAAUAUUUAUAGUGAUUGACGAGUUGAACUUCCCAUCUUGGCUAACAGUGAUAACCCUUUCCUCAUAAAAAAAAUCAUUAGGAACGAAGAAAUCGGUAUGCUUUUUGUCUUUCAAAUAGUCGGGUAGCAAGACUAUUUUUUAAAAGUUAGAUUAUUUUACUUUGAAACAAACUGAGUUUGUAUCGGAAUGGAAUUGAGAAAUUAGAUAUUUUCUCCCAUACAUCAGAAAUCGCGUUAUGUAAACUAUAGAAUCUAAACAACCAUUGUCUAUCUCUUUACGUCUUGUGCAAUAAGCUAAGCAUACUCUCGACUAUUAUAUACAUAUGCCAAUAAAUUGAUCUUAAAAUUGUUUAUUCAUCUUUCUUUAGAUGUGCUCAAUUAAUCCCGAAAAAAAAUCGGGGAAGCCAACUGAAGAUGGACAUUAGAAAAGGUCCCAGAUGCAAACGACAGCUCCUCUUUGUUUGUCUUCUCUUUCGAUGAUCACCGUCUCAUCGGCAAUCCUUCCAUUUAACACUUCACAUAGGAUAUUA